AUGAACCUGUUCAUAUCUAUCUAUCUAUCUAUCUAUCUAUCUAUCUAUCUAUCUAUCUAUCUAUACACACACGCCACCGCGAACAUCUAUCUAUCUAUCUAUCUAUCUAUCUAUCUAUAUGUACCAUGUUUUUUUCUUUCAAUUCUAAUUUAUUUCUUUUUUUUUCUUCCCAACUUCUCUGCAUUUUUUUUAUUUUAUUUUACUUUAUUUCUAUAUUUCUUUCUUCCUUUCUUUCCUUGCUUCCCUCCUUCCUUCUUUCUUUUUUUCUCUCUUUCUUUCGUUCUUUCUUUCUUUCCUGCCUUCGUUCGUUCGUUCGUUCGUUCCUUCCUUCCUUCCUUCCUUCCUUCCUUCUUCCUUUCUUUCUUUCUUUCUUUCUUUCUUUCUUUUUUCUUUCAUUUCAUUUUCGGUUCCUUUUCAUCGAUUUUUUCAGCUACUUUUUCUAUUUGUUUUUUUUCUGUUUCUUUUUCUGUUUCUUUUUUCUGUUCAUUUUCCUGCUCCGUUUUUUUUUGUUUCUUUUUUCUAUUUCUUUUUUCUGUUUCAUUUUUGCUUGUUUUUUUCUGUUCUUUUUAUCUGUUUUUUUCUGUUCCUCUUUUUCUAUUUCUUUUUCUGUUCUUUUUCGAUUUCCUUUUUUCUGUUUCUUAUUGCCGUUUGUUUUUUCUGUUUCUUUUUUCUGUUUCUUUUUUCUAUUCCUUAUUCUGUUUCUUUUUUCUUUUUCUGUUCCUUUUUUUUUCUAUUUCUUUUUCUGUUCCUUUUCUCUGUUUCAAACUCACGGCAAAUGCGCGCUCGUUUCUCUCACUAACCUCUCUCCCUCUAAAUAACAACUCUCUCUCUCUCUCUCUCUCUCUCUCUCUCUCUCUCUCUCGCCCACACUCUCUCACUCGCUCUUUCCAACUCUCUCAAUCGCAUUUUUUUUCUUAUCUCUCUCUAUCUUUGUCUCGUGCCGUGUUACUUUUUGAUUCUUUUUUUUUUCUCAAUCACUUCACGCCUAAAUCUGGACUUCAUUACAUUUGCAAGUCCUGGUUGCAACUACUGUCUUGCAAGCAAGCAAUUUCUAUUCUUUACAAACUGCUUUUCUCGUUUCUCUUUUGA